AUGGCCAGUAGUAUUCCAGCUGGACUGCGAUCAGCAGAUAUUGGUCGCUUUGCGAUCAGAGCCGCUCAGGUCGAGAGUGCAAAACCGGUGGUGGCCUACUGGUGCAAUUUUCAUAUCGUGAACCAAAUCAUCGAAAGAGGUCUUCAUAAUACAGAUGAUGAGAUCAAACUCUAUACUACGAAUCUGGUCGACAAGCUGGAACAGUUCAAAGUUGAGAACCCAGAGAAUGAGACGGUUACGGAUAUAGUUGCGGCUAGCGCCUAUGUCGAGCAAUUCGGAUUGGAGGUCUUCAGUCGUGCCGAGGCAGCCAUGAACGCUAACAAAGUCACAAAGCAAACCGCAGAUACCUUCCAAGCAGCAGCUACAUUCCUCGAACUGUGCUCCAUCUGGGGACCCCUGGACCCCGAAAUCGCAGGAAGAAUCAAGUUCGCCAAAUUCCACGCAGUUCGAAUCGUCAAGGCGCUCAAAGCCGGCGAGGACCCAAACGAAACAAACCCAGCCCCAAAGCAAGAAGAAGAAGAACUCGUCGGCGACCCCGACGUCCAGGCCUUUGACGACUCCAUCGCAGAACAAGCCUCUAAACCAAGACAAGCCUCUAUCGAAGAAGUCCCAGAUGAGUCGGACCGCCUUGGCCGCGACCUUGCCCGCAGAUCUACUCUCGACGAGUCUCUCCAUCCAUCGCGCACAUCGUCUGCCCCGCGUCCUCAAGGUUCCGUACCAGAGAUUCCCUCCGUGCCUACAAAUGCUCCCGGCUUCCCCCCAGCGCAAACAGCUUCCGAAGGCGCUUUGAACCUCCCCUCCACACCUGCGACUAUCGGCUCCGUCCCGAACCUCCCUGAUACGCCCACUGCAUUCCAGUCCUUCCCUCCGCCCCCAGCUGGACCCUCCACAGCGCCGGACCCGGCUUCUUUUUACGAUCCCCCGGCUAGUACUCCUACGCCCCCACCCGCUGCUCCGACCUUUGUGCCGAGCCCGGCUGCUCAUGCGCCCAUUACGCCUGCUCCUUAUUUUCCGCCCCAGCCGUCUCAUGGUGUCGAUGAUAGCUCUGUCCAGCUGGCGCAGAAGCAUGCUCGUUGGGCGGUUUCCGCGCUGACUUUUGAUGAUGUUGAUACUGCUGUUAGGGAGUUGAGAAAAUCUUUGGAAUACCUUGGUGCUGCUUGA